GAGGUGUGGCCCCUCAGGUGCCGUGGAGGUAAAGACUUCAGGUAACGCUCAAUGACUCAUUCUCAAACACACCUUAAACCACCACGCAUGGCGUGCUCUCAGCGCGAGCCGACAGCAGACUGUGGGAACGAGCAGCCGUAAAUGAAGCUGGAUUUCCUGGAGAGCGUAAUUGCUCCCACCGCAUUCAAACGACCGCAGGAUACGGACGUAAAGACAUAGAGUUGUUUAAAGGCAACGUCGCUGUUCUACUUUGCUCAGGAUCUUGGAACUCUGCUGUGGAAGUACUUUGAAAGGCGCCGUUUUUAUAACCACCUUUUUGGGACAUUUCUAAAACUUCCAUGACGAUGCCGGUGGUGAAAAUGGAAAAGGCCUCUCAGGGAGACAGCUCGUUGCCUGUGGCCAACCCUGCAGCACAGACAGAGGAGCAGCCCAAAGGCCGGCGGAGGAAGAGGCCCCUGCAGAGGGGAAAGCCCCCCUAUAGCUACAUCGCUCUGAUUUCCAUGGCCAUCGCCAACUCCCAGGACCGCAAACUCACACUGGGGGGCAUCUACAAGUUCAUCACCGAGCGCUUCCCCUUCUACAGGGACAAUUCAAAGAAAUGGCAGAACUCCAUCCGCCACAAUUUGACGCUCAACGACUGCUUCAUCAAGAUCCCCCGAGAGCCGGGGAGGCCGGGGAAGGGCAACUACUGGGCGCUGGACCCCAACGCGGAGGACAUGUUUGAGAGCGGCAGCUUUCUGAGGCGCAGGAAGAGGUUCAAGCGCUGCGACCUCAGCACCUACUCCUCGUACGUGCACGAGGCGCCGGUGUUCUCUCCCGUCCACAUCGCCAGAUCGGCUGCGUAUAACAACUCGGUCUACCCCAACCUGACCGUGAGCCCGGGCUACGGGCAGCAGCUCCCCCCCGCCUACUACCCGUCCUCGUCGCCGCCGGGCUUCGGCGCCGCUCAGACCCGUAUGUUCAGCAUCAACAACCUCAUAGGACACCCGAGCCCGGCCAGCAUGCUGGCGGGUCAGGGGUCGGACGUGAUGCAGCCGCCCAACAGGAGCUUCAGUCCCGAAGGCAUCCAAAGCGGCUCCAGUCCCUGCAGCCUGGGAGCCCCGGCGUUCCAGAGCCAGGCGUGCGGCGGGCCGGCGCCCCCGCGCUCCUCGGCUCAUUCCGGCUUCACCUACUCCGGGCCGAACAGCAACCCACACCAUCACUCGCACCAGAGCUUGUACGGACAGGGCCCCACCCAGGGGUACGCGACCACGGGGCGCCUCCACGCCUCGGCCCCCGGCUCCGAGUCCGUCAACCACUACGGCAGGAUCUCCCCGGUCCAGUUAGGCUCUUUCUCCCAGUACAACGGCGCCACAGGGCCCAUCGGCAACGCCGGAGGCUACCUGCGACACGCCACAUACCCAGGCAGCAUGGACAGGUUUGUGUCAGCGAUCUGAGCCACGGAGAACCCGGAGCCGAGCAUCUCGCUACCUUCACCAGAAUAUCGGAGACCUGAGGCAGUAACACGUGAGCCAGACAUUUCUGAGCACAAACACAAUUCUGUAUUAAGGACAAAAGCAAAGUCUUUCAACACAACUGUGACAGACACUGGUAACACUGCAACCUAUUCUCCUACAGGUUUAUUUCUUUCCACCAUGUUUUAAAUGUCAAUGCACCAGCGUGUAAAACAUUCAAUUUUUGUGUGGUUUUUGUCAUGACUUGAAUGUACUUUGCUAAAUAUUUACCUUAUCGAGUUUAAAUGUUAGUGUAAAUUAUUGUGCUUUAUGGUCAUUGGCUUUACAGUAAGUAGCAUGUAUGAAGAACAGCAGCUUUAGUCCAUUUGCAUGUAUUUUGUUGCCAAAUUAAAAUGCAUAUUAGGUUGCUGUUUUGGAAAUAAACUGAAUUAUAUAGCACUUGUUUUUCAAAAUAAAAUAUUUAAAUUAU